AGGACCUGCGCCUCGCCGCCGACGACGAGCUCCAGGCCGAGGCCGAGCGCCUGCGCCGCGCCAUCGAGCGCGCCCGGGCUCGGGCGGAAAGGAUCCGCGAGGAAGCCGCGGUGCAGCGGGCGGAGACGGAGCAGGCGGAGCAGCAGCUGGAGCAGGAGUCGUCGCAGCUGGAGGAGGCCCUGGCCGCGCGCGCGGCCGAGAACGCCGGGCUGCAGGCCGACUCCUGCGUGAGGUGGAGCGCCGCCAGGCGGCUUAAGGCCGCGCUGCAGGUCCACGAGGACAAGCAGGAGCAGAAGGCCGAGCCUGGGCGGGAGCGCCGUGCUCCCUGUGCUGCUAGCGCUGAGGAGGUGAGGGGGGAG